AGAGUAUCAGGCGGCGUCAUAGAUAGAUACGGUACGAUUCGAUUGUCAAUGGAGAACAAAGUGAAGCUAGCUCUCAAACUGACAAUCGCAUCUUGCAUCACUCUUGCAAUAUCCAUCUUCCUAGCAUCGAAACUGAAAAAUCCUCGAAGACGAAGUCGGAAGCUGAAACCUUCUCCCUGCUAUCUCAAAGCAGAACCCAAACCUCAGUACGCUUUCAGGCGCGUCUUGGCGGACAACUCCUACUCUCCCUUCAAGCACCUCAAAGUCCAUUCCACCUCCGAUGAAUGCGGGGAUUUGCAUCCGUACAAAUCUGAGAUAUCAAACUUGUUGAAUGAACCGAAUGUGGAGGCUUUGGAGAUGUUAAACGAGGAUUUGGAGGAAUUGGUGAGCCGUAAUUCGUACGUGUGGGUGGAGACCGAGUUGCAGCUGCAGGAGCUGGCGGAGGUGUUGAGUGGAGAGACAAUAUUUGCUGUCGAUACAGAGCAGCAUAGUUUGAGAUCCUUUUCAGGUUUCACUUGUUUAAUUCAGAUAUCAACUAAGAAGGAGGACUAUCUUUUGGAUGCAAUAGCCCUGCAUGACAUGAUAGGAAUUCUUCAUCCUAUAUUUGCUAAUCCAGGGAUUUGUAAGGUAUUCCAUGGCGCUGAUAAUGAUGUCCUCUGGCUUCAAAGAGAUUUUCAUAUAUAUGUUGUUAAUCUACUUGACACUGCAAAGAUAUGUGAUGUUUUGUCUAAACCACAAAGGUCUUUGGCUUACUUAUUGGAGACAUAUUGUUGUGUUGCUACUAAUAAGCAAUUACAGAGAGAAGAUUGGAGGCAACGUCCUCUGCCAGCAGAAAUGGUGCUAUAUGCUCAGAAUGAUGCCCACUAUUUGUUGUAUAUUGCACAAUGUCUUUUUACAGAGCUCAAGCUAAAAGAUUCAGAACAUUCACGAAGUCUCAAUGAAAAAAUGAAUUUUGUUCUUGAGGCCACCCGCCGUUCAAAUACAACUUGUUUGCAACUUUUUUCCAAAGAACUUGAAGCAAAUCCAGGAGAGUCUGCUGCUUCUUCAAUAAUAUCUCGAAACCAUGACCAAGGAAACCUUCCUUCCAGCUCUUUGAAUGCAAAGUUUCAGGAUCACGUGAGGCAAUUAUGUGCAUGGAGAGAUAUUAUGGCUCGUGUGCAUGACGAAAGUUUGAGAUAUGUUUUAUCUGAGCAAGCUAUUGUUGCACUGGCUGCUAACCCCCCUACAGAAAUUAGUGAUACAUGCAAUAUCAUAUCUGAAGCCGAUGCAAGUGCGGAUCAGAUAACAACACCCCAAUCUCCAUCAUCUUUAAUUUGUAGCCAUUUGGAAGACUUGGAUCGCUUAUUUGAAGAUGGAAUAGAUGCGGAUGAUGAAAACCUUCUGCUAAUUCUUCAGAAAUGCUUAGGAACUAAUGGGACUUGUCCUCUCUCCAUCUAUAAUUAUGCUUUGCUCUCCAAAACUAGCUUGAAAGUAGCCAAUCAAUCUGUGGUCAAGAAAAACGGAUAUAGAACUGCAAAAUCCAUGGCUCGAAAGGCUUCCCGUGAAUUGUUUGUCCAAAAAUUCUCUUGUAAAUCUCCAGUCUACCACAAUUGUAGGAUCUAUGCAAAUGAUGAUCGGUUAUUAUGUUACUGUGACCGUAGGAAGCUUGAGUGGUACUUAAACAGGGAUUUGGCAAAACUUGUUGAAGAGGACCCUCCUGCCAUAAUGCUUCUUUUUGAACCUAAGGGACGUCCAGAAGAUGAGGACAAUGACUUCUACAUUCAAAGUAAGAAAAACAUAUGUGUUGGCUGUGGUGAAAGAAAUCACUAUUUACGGUACCGUAUUAUACCUUCAUGCUACAGAAUGCACUUUCCAGAACAUUUGAAGAGUCAUCGGUCUCAUGAUAUAGUCCUCCUUUGUGUGGACUGCCAUGAAGUUGCUCAUGCUGCUGCUGAAAGAUUCAAGAAAAAGAUAGCUGUGGAAUUUGAAAUACCACUUUUUGUCCGUAAAGUUGUUCAUUCUACCCCAGCUGAAAAUGCAACUUCAUCCGGUGUGAAUGUGGAAGAGGAUGGUGUGUCACCUUUACAAUUGCAUACAGCAGCAAUGGCUUUGCUGCGUCAUGGUUCCAGAAUGCCAUUGAGGCGACAAGAAGAACUAAAAGAGGUUGUAAGAAAUUACUAUGGAGGAAGGGAGAUAUCAGAAAUAGAUCUAGAAAAUGCUUUGCUAAUAGGUAUGAGUUCCAUUGGGAGAAGACGGUUUGUGAAAAAGAAGCUUUCUUCCAAACAGUCAACACCAUAUGUUGCUUCUGAUCAUAACAAUCACAAGCCAAGCAGUGAUGCCAAUGCAAAAUCUACGUACGAGAAUGGCAUAUUAAGUGGAACUGAGAAAUGGUGGAACAAUGGGAAUACAAACAAUGGGAAUACAAACGCUGUGGUGUUGAAGGAUAUAGAUUUUGACAACCAAUGUUGGACUUCUAAUGCUGAAAGUGGAAGUAUAUACACUGAAAGUGAUAUGGUUCACUCUAAUAAGAAUGUGAACAUUUCAUCUAAGGUACACUCGAAGGUAUCAAUGUUGGGGCAUGGACCACAUGGGAAGCAGGUGGUGGAAUUUGUACUCCAAAAGAAUGGGGAAGAAGGGAUUUGUGAGUUUUGUCAGAGAUGGCGACAAGUUUUUGUUGAAGCUGUUCAUCCUCGUUUCUUACCUGCUGGCUGGAACAUAAUGCACAGUGGUAAAAGAGAUUUUGGAGAGUUUAGUGUCUAUAAUCCUGAGAAAAUAGAUUCCACCGAUGCUUUGAGUAGAUGAGGAACUGUAAGGACAGGACAGAUCAAGCAAAAGCUCGUUUCAUUUCCCCUUGUUUUUCUCCGUUUCAUUUGCUUUGCCUGGUCUUUUGCAAUGGAAAAUGGAGCCCGAAUUACUACACUGAUUUUGUUUUUUAAUGUAACAUUUGUAUCUCGGAAAGUUUUCAUGUAGACCUGUUGUCUCAGUUCUCAUUUUUCAUCAUUUAUGAAUUUAAAAUUCAUACAUGGUCAUGCAUUAUUGUGUCACUAGUUUUAACAAUAGGCUAAUGUAUUUCCUCAACAUUCUUUGUAACAAGAGAAGAAAAAGAAUUGUAUAAAUGCUCUUAAAAUUACAGUAAGCUAUCAUUAGGAUGGAAUUCUACAUUGUGGUUCUUGUCCGUCCAAAGACAAAUUGUAUCAGAAUGGGUUGCAAU